CCCGCCCGAGCCCUGUCAGCUCUAGCAGGGCGGCGGCAGCAUGGAGGGCGAGAGCACGUCGGCAGUGCUCUCUGGCUUUGUGCUGGGCGCGCUUGCCUUCCAGCACCUCAACACCGACUCGGACACGGAAGGUUUUCUCCUUGGGGAAGUGAAAGGUGAAGCGAAGAACAGCAUAACUGAUUCUCAUAUGGAUGAUGUUGAAGUUAUUUAUACAAUUGACAUUCAGAAAUACAUUCCAUGCUAUCAGCUUUUUAGCUUUUAUAAUUCUUCUGGUGAAGUAAAUGAGCAAGCACUGAAGAAAAUAUUAUCAAGUGUCAAAAAGGAUGUGGUUGGUUGGUAUAAAUUCCGACGUCAUUCAGACCAGAUCAUGACAUUCAGAGAGAGACUGCUUCACAAAAACUUACAGCAGCAUCUUUCAAGCCAGGAACUUGUUUUUCUGUUAUUAACACCAAGUAUAAUAACAGAAAGCUGCUCUACUCAUCGGCUGGAGCAUGCCUUAUAUAAACCUCAGAAAGGACUUUUUCAUAGGAUACCUUUAGUGGUGGCCAAUUUGGGCAUGUCUGAACAACUGGGUUAUAAAACUGUAUCUGAUUCCUGCAUGUCCACUGGUUUUAGUCGAGCAGUAAAAACACACAGCUCUGAAUUUUUUAAAGAAGAUGGAUCUUUAAAGGAGGUACAUAAGAUAAAUGAACUGUAUGUUUCUUUACAAGAGGAGUUAAAGAGUAUAUGCAAUAAAGUAGAACACAGUGAGAGAGCAGUAGAGAAACUACUAAAGGAUGUAAACAGAUUAAAACGAGAAAUUAAAAAAAGAAAGCAAGCACAGAUUGAAGCAACACGAGAGAAGAAUGUCCAGAAAGACCCUCAGGAGAACAUUUUUCUUUGUCAAGCUUUACAGACCUUUUUUCCCGAUUGUGAAUUUCUUCAUUCAUGUGUUAUCUCCUUGAAAAAUAGACAUAUUUCUAAAAGUAGUUGUAAUACCAACCACCAUCUCAAUGUGGCAGACAACCUGACCCUAAUGGUGGAAUAUACUGACAUUCCUGAAGCUAGUUCAGCUGGUAGUGCACUGCAAAUGAUUAAGCGUAAAGCUUCAGGUACAGCUGGUGGAUGGCAAUUCAAGAAGUCACGGCUGUUAGAGAUACAGAACCAACCAUCUAAAACAGAUACUGAUAGUAGUAACCAAGAAAAGGCAUCCACAGUGAGCAGCCCAGAAACAGAUGAAGAGAUUGAGAAAAUGAACGGUUCUGGUGAAUAUCCACAGUCUCCUACCUUUUGAUUCUUUUAGGCCGAAAGGAGAUUUUUCAUCAGAUGAAGGGUAAAGCCAAACAUGCCUAUUGUUUUUACUGUGUUCAGCUCUUUGCAGUAACACAUUAGGUAAGUUCUAGUCCAUUUAUUUUAUAAAGUACUUUAAAUUAAGUCAGUUCAGAAUUUGAGUACAGAACAAAGCCUGGUAAUGCAAUAUGUUUGGGAUCAGCAGUUGGUUAGUUAGGCAAAAAGCCCAGUUAAGUGGGACUCAGAUGAUACAUAAAUAAGGUGUCUAUCAGAGAUUUCACUUUAACAUAAAGCAGAAGUGUACAUUCGUCAAACUUGUGUUGUAGGGCCAGGAACUUUUUAACAAAUGUAUUGGAGUUCCUAUGUAAAUCAAACCCAUUACUUACCCUAUAUAAUCCCCAAUUUUAGUUUCUUUAAAGAAAUUUACAAAGCAACCUAAGUACAAAAUGCUACUACGUUUUUCCAUUUUCCAUUCCCAAUCUUAUUUGUCCUAACCACACCUAAUUUGACAACUAUUUUUUUUUAAAAGCUAGUUAUCUUUAUCAAGUCUUCUCAGAGCAUUUACUUGGUUUUCACUGCAACUGUAACUUUCUUCUUAAUGCUCAUAUUCAUCACUACAAAAAUACAACUGAUAAGGUCUGGGAACAAAAUAGCUGACUCUUGGUAAUGUAGAACUCAACAGGUUAAGAGUCAUGGGCUUCCAUGUGAUUUUUAAGGAGGAUGUAAAGCCCCUGUUUAAUCCAGUGAGUUGCUUAAGUGGAGGUUGGUUAAGAGAGCUUUUACUGUUUGUUUUUUCUAUUUGUCCUUUCCAUAACAGAAUUUCCCAUGAAGCAUACACAUCACAUGAAGCCUUCAUGCUUUACUCACUGGGUGAAAUGCUGAACCCACAUGUUGACCACUGCUCUUCUAUCACUUAUUUCCUAAAUGAUAGAGCAAAUUCAGAGCUAGUAUCAAAAACUGUCAUCUUUUAUCUGUGUGUUAACAUGCAUUAGUUACCAUGGGGUGUUUAUGAAGCCCACAUAAUACCAGGGAUGAUUUGUGCAAAUAAUGAGUUGCUGUUGGGAUUGCUUUACUAGUUACAUAAGAAGCACAGGGCAGGAGAGGAAAUGGGGUUCAGUCUGAAUCCUAAUUUUAAAAUAACUAAGUUUGAUGUCCCAACUUUCAGGGUACUCAAUGAAAAGGAGGAAAAGAAUCCUUGUAGGACAUUUUUUUCGCAGUUAAUCUCCAUAUUUUAGCAACCAGUUUGUAUCACUGGAGUAAGAGAAGAUGAUACAACAGAUUGCCUAUGGAUUGGUUUAUUUACAGGACACUACCAGUUCAUGAUAGACUAGUCCAGGAGUAAAUGUUAGGUCCUGUGACAGCACCACUGUUCAUCCCCACGUAACAUCUCUACAGAGGGAAGACCCAUAGUCCUAGCCAGGCAUAAUUAUUUACUUGUUAGAAAAUCUUCCUUAGCAAUUUCAAAUCCACACCCUAUCAUGUGGGAUUUGUACAUUAUAUAAGCAUUCCACUUUCCCGCACUCAUAUCCCUACGAUACUAUUUACAACACAGAAUCUGGGCCUAAACUAAAAUUCCAAUACAAGUCAUCCAUUCCAUGUUUAACAUCUCAUUAUCAGUGGUAUGCUGUAUGAGCUAUUUGGGGGCCAGAUAUAAGUGAAAAUCCCAUAGUACCUUUUUAAAAUUCAUACAUAUGUAAAAUGUAACAAGUAUUUACGUUUUAAAUAAUCUGAUUUACUUAAUGAACAUUCUGAUACGGAGAGGAAACUUCACUCCUGAAACAUUUUUUCCUCAUAUAAUUUCAAAUUAUUAAGAAUCAAAAACAUAAUACUUUAUAGUUUGAUAAGAUUUAGCCUAUCAGUUCUCUACUCAAAGGUUAUUAAAUCUUACAGUUUGAGCCAGUAUUACCAUCACACAACUGUAAAAUAAAUUUAUUGAUGAUAACUUUAUAGAAUUUACUCCCUGUAUUUGAUGUUACAAACUUUAGGGUCUUUGAGAUAUGCAGGAUCCUUGUAUGUAACUGGCAUAAACCCUGUAAAGAGAUAAUGAAAGUUCUUCACAAAAGAUAAUGAGCAAAAUUUUGGUUAGCAUAAUUCAGUUUUUCAAAUGCUCUUACCCAUUACUUGAGCUCUCUUAAUUGCUUUUGUGAUUUCUUUUUGUUUCUUCCCACAAAGACCUAUAAAAGAAAUUGCUUUCUUACUCGUAAAAAAAUGCCAGUAAUCAAAAUGCAUAGUAAUUGUCUAUGUCAUGGAAGGAUUGGAAAACCUGUAAAGAGCCAUAUAGUAACUAUCUUAGGCUUUGUGGGCCAUACAGUCUCUGUCAUAAUUACUCAAUUCUGCUGUUGUAGUUCAGACACUAUGGAAACUAAGCUAUUUACAAAAACAAGUGGCAGAUCCGAUUUGGCCUAUAGGCAAUAGGCCCCUGGUUUAAAUAAUAGCCUGGGGGUGAUUAUAGUAUACUCCCAAACAGCAAAGCAAUUUUUUUAAGCCCAAGUUUUCUACAUGUUGUCAGCCUAUAGUUAACUGAGUAUAAGAAGACAUGCA